GAUAUAUAUCCCACUGCACAACCAUCUCUUGCUAUCUUUCUGCAGCUAGCUAGCAAUGGGCAAUUGCUUUCCAUGGCCGAACUUCAAUAUAUUUAGAAAAAGAAAAAGUUUUGAAACUGAUGGCAAAAUCACGGAGUACAAAAAGCCUAUGCUUGUUAAAGAUAUACUGAUAAACUUCUCUGGUUAUGGUGUCAGUAUCUCAAAGAAGCCAUUGCAAGCUCUUCCUUACAAUUAUAAAUUAAAGAUCGGUUAUGUUUAUUAUCUAUUUCCGGCGUCCGGUGUUAGUGAUGGUGGUGAUUCAGUUACGGCGGCCACUGGUACUACCACUGAGAGAAUUAAACUGAUCAUAACAAAGCAAGAGCUUCAAGAAUUACUGUCAAACAAAAUAUCAGCGGAGGAAAUGUGCCUGUUGGGUGUUAAUAACGAAGAUGAUGAUAAAUGGCGUGGAACUAACUCUUCAUCAAGGUGGCGGCCGGUGCUUGAAACUAUUCCUGAAGGAAGUUAAUAGCAAUAGGGCCCGAUGGGCGAUGACAAAGAUGAAUUUAUGAAGUUAAUUUUUUUAAUUGUAUUUAAUUUUUUCUUUUAGCAAUGAUAACCUAUGUUCAAGAACUGUUUAGCAAUUAUAAUCACAAUUAUAACCUGAAAGUUAAUGAUAU